CCCCUCGGUCCCGGACUGGCCUCUACAUGGGCCGCGGGGGCAGCGGAGCCGCUCUCGGCUACGGAGGGAGAUCCAAAGACCAUCAUGGACCUCCUAAAAUCCAGUUGUUUAAAGCUGCUGGUUCUGCUGCCCCUUGCUCUGUGCGGGAUCCAUCAAACCUAUGCCGGUGAUUGUAAGGGACGCCGCGAGGUGCUACGCAGCACUUCUGGCUACGUGACGGAUGGACCUGGCAACUACUCGGUCAACGGCAACUGUGAAUGGCUGGUGGAGGCUCCUAGCAGCAGCUACCGUAUCCUCUUGACCUUCAUGUUUAUGGACACGGAAUGCACGUAUGACUACCUCUUCAUUUAUGACGGAGAUUCUCCCAGCAGCCCUUUGCUGGCCAGCCUGAGUGGCAGCACUUUGCCCCCUACCAUCGAGGCCACCUCGGGCAAGAUGCUGUUACACCUCUUCAGUGACGCCAACUACAACCUGCUGGGCUUCAAUGCGACUUACUCUGUCUCACUGUGUCCCAUGGGCUGCUCGGGUCAUGGCAUUUGCGAUAACGAUGGGCGUUGUGCCUGCUUCCAAGGCUGGGGUAGCAAGGACUGCUCGGUCCCUGACUGCAACACGUAUUGCCAGAAUCAUGGCACCUGUAACCAGGUAUCACGACACUGCCAGUGUGAACUGGGAUUUGUGGGUCAGGCCUGUGAUUUAGCCUUGAGUGACAACCAAGGGGCUGGAAAGUGGUACAACGUCAGCAUCCGAGAUUCCAAUUUCUGGCCCCGAACAGCAGCUGCCGGUGCUUUCCUACCUUCUACUGGGGGACUAUACAUUUUUGGAGGCUUGGAUCUAAAUACUGCUUUGGGGGACCUUGUCUUCUAUAACUUCACCACCAAUACUUGGCAUCAGAGGGUGCUUAGCCCUUCCCCCACUGCUCGUCACUCCCACACAGCCGUGGCCUGGGAGGGCUCCCUCAUUCUGUUUGGCGGAGAGCUGGCCACUGGGUCUCUGGCCAACGAUGUCUGGAUGUAUCUGCCCCAGGAGGGCUACUGGCAGGAGCUGUUGCCCCUGAACACGACGAUUCCUCCCGAGUUGGCCGGCCAUGCAUCUGCGGUGGUCGAUGAAUGGCUGUAUGUAUUUGGAGGACGCACCGGCGUGGAUCUCUUCUCCUCCCACAUGUACCGCUUCCACCUGAAACAGUGGACCUGGGAGCUGGUGAUUCCUUCAGGAGGGAAAGCGCCUGCAGCAGCCGGUCACUCCAUGGUCUUCCACCCGGCUUCCCGUACUCUCUUGGUUUACGGUGGGCACCGGCCCUCCACUGCUCGGUUCAGCGUGCGAGUGAACACCACGGACCUCUUCCAUGUGGACCUGCGUUACUGGAGCACGUUGAGGGCCAAAGAUUCACACCGGGGCCCUCGAGAAAGGGCCUUCCACUCCGCCACCGUCAUCGGCAACUACAUGGUGGUGUAUGGGGGCAACGUUCACAUCCAUUACCAUGAAGAGAAAUGUUACGAGGACGAAAUCUUUUUCUACCACUUGGGCUGCCACCAGUGGGUCUCUAGUCAUGAGCUGGCACCUCUCAUCACUCAAGAGCACGAAUCCAAGGCUUUGGCCCAGGCGCGUGGCCGGUAUUCCCACGUGGCCACAGUGAUGAAUGGAAAUGUGCUCCUUGUGGCAGGAGGCUAUAGCGGGGUGCCACGGGGUGACCUGCUGGCUUAUAAAGUGCCCACGUUCGUCUUUCAGGUGCCGUCUCAGAUGUACCAUCUGGAUUACUGCUCUAUUUACACAGAGAAAAGCAUGUGUGCCAAGGACCCAGAAUGCGCUUGGUGCUCCCGAGGUUGCCAGAGCACUCAGCCCCGCAAUCUUUGCCCCAACAGUGGCUGCCUGGGCCUGGCCCGCCUCUUAGUCGACUGCCAAUCCUGCCUCGCCUUUGGGGACACCAACAGUUCUCUGCCCCGAGCUUCAGGUCCCUUCGGCUGGUGUGUGCAAAAUGAGACUUGCAUGCCCACCUCAGAACAGGGCAGGUGCCAAGUGGGGAAGAUUUCAGGGACGUAUGGCUGGUGGGGGCCGCAAUCCUUCUUUAUCACCUCCUUGGCCCAAUGUCAGCGCGAAGAUUUCUUGCCCGGCCUUCAUCUGAUCACCUACCAGCAACCACGCAACGACUCCCAGCCGGACAAGGUCUCCAUCGUCCGAAGCACCACGAUCACCCUGAAUCCCAGCACAGAGAUGGAUGUCUCCCUGGUCUACAAGGGAUUCAUUCACCCCCUGGUGAGCAGCUCUGGACCUGCAGAAGACAUCUCCAUCUGGGCACGCAUCCAGCGCCUGUUCGUGGUUGCUAAAUUAGCCCGAGCCCCUGGCGCCUUGGAGCUGGAGAAGGUAGGAAGCUGGGCGGUGCAACAGGAAAAAGAGAAGCGGUUACUCCAGCGUCCCGGGGCCGAACGCCUUUUUCCCAGCACCGAGAGGGGAAAUAAAUACGCCGUGCUGGUUGAAGGCCACCUCAAUAACUCUGGCACUGGGCAAACAAGCGAACUGACCCUCACGUGGGAUCGCACAGGCGUGCCAGGGGGCAGCGAAAUCUCCUACUUCUUCCUGGAGCCCUACCGUUCCGAGCAGUGCGCCACUUACCACUCGUGUCUCGCUUGCCUGGCCGACCAGGGCUGCGGGUGGUGCCCGCUCAGCUCCACCUGCCAUCGACGGCUGGCCUAUCAGGACGAUGUGGGAGGCUGCGGUCCCGGCACCGUGCGCCUUAUCCUGGUGCCCGGCAACUGCAUCUUGUGUGAAGACUACCGUGACUGCCACACCUGUAGCAAGGACCCGUUCUGCGAAUGGCAAGUCAAUAGCAGUAAAAAAGGAGAUUUUCUUUGCAGUCGCCGAGGGCGUCUUCACACGGCCAUCCGCUCGCCCAAGGAUUGUCCCAAACUCUGCAAUCAGCGUACCACCUGCUCUGAGUGCCUCUCCAAUUCCAGCCAAUGUGCCUGGUGCCAAUCCACCCGGAACUGCUUCUACUUUGCAGCCUACCUGGCUAAAUACCCCUAUGGGGAUUGUCGUGGGUGGUAUGACAGUGUUCACUCUGUGCCCCAAUGCCUGGACUGCACCCGGUUUAACACCUGUCGUGAAUGUUUGCAAAACUUUGAAUGCGGCUGGUGUGGCAACUCCGACAACCCUACCUUGGGCAGGUGCCUCCCGGGAGAUUUCUCCGGCCUCAGCACUUUCUGGAACUGCUCGGUGGCCCUGUGGGAAUCCCACAGACUGCCUCCCUCCCACCCGGCUCAGUGGUCGUACGGGCAGUGUCCCGACGUGGACGAAUGCCGCCUGGGCUUGGCCAACUGCCACCCCUUUGCCCGGUGCAAGAACACCCCGGAUUCCUUCCAGUGUCACUGCAACCGAGGUUACGCAGGCGACGGGUUGGCCUUUUGCAACCAAACACGUUUCAUGACCCAUACAGACUGGACUCACGGGGAGCGCUGCCAUCUUUGCCGGCCGGGCAGCUACGGGAAUGCCACCACCCAGACCGGCUGCCGUCAAUGCGCCUGCAACGAGCAUGGCCUGGAGGAGAUGGGCUAUUGCCACAGUGCCACGGGGGCCUGUUACUGCACCCCACCCACCGAGGGGCUGCACUGUGAGCGCUGUGCCCCCGGCUACUCGGGAGACCCCAGAAAUGGUGGCAUCUGCUACCAGGAAUGCGUGGGGCGCACGUUGCUGCUCAACCUCUCUUCCUCUUCCUCCCUGAGCUCUCAGCGGGCUGGGGGCCCCCUCGCCAACGGGCUCUCUUACUGCGUCUGGGUUUUGUCGACUGGUGCGGACAUCCAGCCUUGCCGGCCGGAACAAACCUGCCCGACAAUCACACUCACCAUUCAGCCGGACACCCUUUGUAUGCACAACUAUAUCUACGUUUUUGAUGGCGUCCCCGACUUCCUGGACACAGGACUGAUCCAGCUGGAUCGGAGCCUCAUUGGGGCGUUCUGCGGCCAGAGUCAUCCCCGUCCUGUCACUGUCGAAGCAGUAUCAGGCCUCCUGGUCAUCUACUACGAAGCCAACACUAGCGACGCCUCAGGCUUCAACGCAACGUACCUGGUCCACCGUUGCUGGCCCAGCUGCCACGUCAACCAGGAAUGCCAGCAGGGCCACUGUGUUUGCAAGCCUGGCUACACCGGGCCCAGCUGCAAGUUCCAGAUCUGUCCCGGCAACUGUAGCGCUCACCUUGGGCAAGGGCUUUGCAACAGGAGACUCGGUCUGUGCAUCUGCAGCCAUCGCUUUGCUGGGGCCGACUGCACCAUCCCGCUGGAGGCUGACAAGAUCAUUUGGGAGACGUUGAUUGACACCCAGUUGACGGCUGACACAGCCAGCCGCUUCCUUCACCGUUUGGGCCACACCAUGGUGGAGGGUCCUGACUCCACCCUCUGGAUGUUUGGAGGCAUGUCGCUGCGCGAAGGAAUGCUGGGCAACGUCUACAGGUACUCCAUCGCCGAACGUCGCUGGACUCAGAUGCUGGCAGGGACUGAGGACCGAGGGCCGGGCCCCAACCCCCGUUACUUCCACGCGGCUGCCUACAUAUCCCCAGGCAAAGCCAUGUACGUCCUGGGUGGGCUGACGGCCGAUGGCGUGGCCAGCGAUUUCUGGCUGCUCAACCUGACCACUUUGCAGUGGAGGCUUCUGCCGGACCCUCUGAUCCCAGCCGUAGCUGGUCACACCCUCACGGCGCGGCGCGGCUCCUCCUUGCUUCUGAUCGGUGGCUACUCUCCCGAGAACGGCUUCAACAAGAAACUGCUGGAAUACAACGUGGCAUCAGAGAGCUGGCACGCCGGGAACCAGGCAGGAACACCCCCGACAGGUCUCUACGGCCACUCAGCUGUGUACCACGAGAGCACAGAUGCUGUUUACGUCUUCGGCGGCCACCGUUUCCACGUGGAGAUGGUAUCGGCUUCUCCUGAACUCUACAGCCUUUAUUAUCCCAACUUGACCUGGAGUUUACUGGCCCCAUCUCAAGGACCAAAGCCCCUGGCUCAUUUCUUCCACGUGGCAGCCGUGCUGAAGGACACCAUGGUGGUCAUCGGAGGGCGGACCGAACGGGAGAAUUUCACCAACCACGUUUUCUUCUACCAGCUGAACUGCAAUACGUGGAUCCUUCCCAACAGCACAGGUAAAAAGUAUAGACAAGGCUGCCCCUUUGGUGGGGUCUCCUGCUUUCCCACCCCAAGGUCUCCAGACGAGUGUCGCCGGCUCAGAACUUGUAGCGAGUGCCUCGCCCAGCAUCCUCGCGCCAUGGCCCACAGCCUGGGUAUUCCCCCUUUACCGCAGUGCAAAUGGUGCACCAACUGCCCCGAGGGCGCAUGCAUCGGCAGCACCGGCAGCUGCACGUCGGAGAACGACUGCCGUAUCAACCAGCGGGAGAUCUUCGUGGCCAGCAACUGCUCGGAGAUCUCGUGCGAGGCCUCCGACUGCGCCAAGUGCACGGCGUCGGGGAAGUGCAUGUGGACGAGGCAGUUCAAGCGGACCGGGGAGACCCGCCGCAUCCUCAGCGUACAGCCCACCUACGACUGGACGUGCUUCAGCCACUCGCUCCUCAACGUUUCCCCGAUGCCCGUGGAGUCCUCUCCCCCGCUGGCCUGCCCCACACCCUGCCACAACCACAGCACAUGUGGAGACUGCCUCAACUCCAAGGGGGCAGAUGGGGGUUGGCAGCAGUGCGUCUGGAGCAUCAGCCUGCAGCAGUGUAUGAGUCCAACUUACCUACCGAUGCGCUGCGCAGCCGGGAUGUGUGGCCGGGUGCUGAGCGGGUCGGAGAGUUGCGCGCCAUCCUGUUCCCGUUUCCAGCAGUGUGCUCUCUGCAUCCAGCAGCCUCGGUGUGGCUGGUGCAGCUUCCGGGAAGAGAACGGCAAAGGGCGCUGCCUGGAGGGUGGACGGAGUGGACCUCGCCAUGGACUGGUGGAGUUGUGCGGCCUAAAGGCAGACUGGGCGUUCAUGUCGUGCCCCCCUGAGAAUGAGUGCCUGAAUGGGCACCACGACUGCAACGAGACCCAAAAUUGCAGCGACCUGCCCCACAGCUACAAAUGCACCUGCAAAAACGGCUACACCCUGGACAACAUUACAGGACUCUGCAAACCGGUGUGCGAGCAAGGCUGUGUGAACGGGACCUGCGUGGAACCCAAUGCGUGCCAGUGCCAUUUUGGCUACGUGGGUCAGAAUUGCUCGGUGGAAUGCCAGUGCAACAAACACAGCAAUUGCCGGGGUGUGUCAGCCCAAGACCAGUGCCUGCAGUGUUUCAACAACACCAUGGGGCAACACUGUGAAAAAUGCCAGCCGCUCUUUGUCGGGUCGGCCCUGAACGGCGGCUCCUGCCGGCCCUGCCACGUUUUCUGCCGAGGGAACAGCAACAUGUGCAUCACGCGGGAAGAAUACAAGCGAGCGCAGCAGGAUCCGGUCCGCUUCCCCCUGGAGCCGGCCUUGAUCCCCACCUGGGUGGCCGAAGGGCCUGCUGAGGAUACAGCGGUGUGUGUGAACUGUCAGAACAACAGCUUUGGAGACAAGUGCGAGAGCUGCCUACACGGAUACUUCCUGCUGGAGGGCAAAUGUACCAAGUGCCAAUGUAACGGCCACGCUGACUAUUGCCACGAACUGGAUGGGACGGGCUGCCCGUGCCAAAACAACACAGAGACCGGAGGCUGCCAGAACAGUGCCCAAGCCGAUAAAAAGGACUGCUACAAACAACAGUGCGCCAAAUGCCGGGAAUUCUUCCACGGGAAUCCCGUGGGCGGCCACCAAUGCUACCGGCUGAUCAUUGUCGAUCAGGAGAGCUGCUUCGACCCAACGUCUCAACUCAACUGCUUUCACGAGCCAAACAUCAAGAACUUGCUCUUCGGACGCUCGGUUUUUUUCGGCGUCCAGCCCAAGUUUACCAACGUGGACAUCCGGAUCACCAUCGACGUGACCUUCGGCGGAGUGGACGUCUACAUCUCGACCUCCUACGAAACGUUUGUGGUGGACGUUGACCGGGCGACCGGCAUUCACCUGGUGAGGGUUGUCCCCACGGGGGAAGAGACGUCGGCGCGCAGCAACGGGAGCCAGUCUUCCCCGCUGGUACGGGAGGCGCAGGCGCACGGCUUGAUCACUUACAUUACCGUGAGGGAGCAGCAGGCGGUGCUGAUCGUGCGGGGUGUCCGAGACCGCGUAGUCAUCACUUACCCGCACGAGAUCCACGCCCUGAAAUCCAGCCGCUUUUACGUCAUCUUGCUGGGCAUCGGCGGCGGCAGCCCCAACGUCACCGAGUCUCAGGGCCUGCUCUUCUUCCGCCAAGACCAGGCGCACAUCGACCUCUUCGUCUUCUUCUCCGUCUUCUUCUCGUGCUUCUUCCUCUUCCUCUCCGUCUGCGUCUUGCUUUGGAAAGUCAAGCAGUUCCUGGACUUGAGGCACGAGCAACGGCGCCACUUGCAGGAGAUGACCAAGAUGGCCAGCCGGCCUUUUGCCAAAGUGACCAUCUAUUUUGAGCCGGAUAAUUUGGGGGCGCCGGCCGAGCUGGUUUUCCUCCCCGCUCGCCCUCACAAACUCCCCUCUCUGGCAGCGGCCCAGCCCCUCCCCAGCCGCUUGAAACCCUAUCACGAAGUCCCCUACCCCGUGGCCCAUUUCCGCCGCUCAGAGCCCUUCCUGUCUCAUCUCAUGGGCUACUCCUACUCCAGCUUCCGGGUGGGGCCCAUCACUUUGGAGCCGACAGACGACGGCAUGGCCGGUGUGGCUACCGUCCUCUUCCAGCUACCGGGCGGGCUGCAGGCCCCCAACCGUGCCUGCCUAGGCUCUGCUCUCGUCACCCUGCGCCACAAUCUCCAGGACUACUGUAGCAGCAGCCAUGGCAUGAGCAGCUCUCGGAAGGGCCUGCUCAGCCACGAGAACCUCACCAGCAUGUCCCUAUGAGUGAGUGGAGAACUCCGCCCUGCGGGGGCUCCAGAGGGGCCCCAGCGACCUUCACCUGCCUCGUGGAGGGGCUGAGAAGGGCAGGACCUGCAGGCUGGUACGUCGUCGGCACAGACCUUCCUGCCAGCUGGAGAGGUGUCCACCAAAUGGGGAAAGCAGAGACGCUCUUCGGGGCUUGCGUGCCCGCUCUCCUGCCCUCCUGCGUGGGGCCAACUCAGUAUGAAUGGAUGGUACAGGCUGCGGGGAUCUAGAGACCGUGGCGACUUUACGACUUGCGGACUUCAACUCCCAGAAUUCCUCAGCAUGGCCGGCUGAGGAAUUCUGGGAGUUGGAGUCCACAAGUUGUAAAGCCGCCAAGGUGUGAGACCCCUGGUAUAGGGGGAGUGUGCACGUGCCCCCCCCCCCCCAGCCUCACUCUUAAUGACCGCGUUUCCCCAACACGCUUAACCAAGUCCUGGUGUCCACGUUGGUGCAACAUGCUCAGCUUUGGGUUAGUAUUCACCGGUGGCUCUUCUGCGUCUUCAUACGUGUGAACCCCGCUCCUUUGUUUAGCCGAUGUUUCCAUAUACAGGGCAGAAACCCAGGAGAACCAAGCAGCUCCGCAGUUUCCACCGAGCAGACUGUGUGAAGGCCGCCUGGGAUCGAGCCCCCAGGCCAGGCUUGUCCAAAAGUGGGUGUAGAGAUGGAGGAAGGACGGCCUUUCAACCUUGGAUUGUUCACAGCCUUGCUUUCCCAGCGCUGUGUGGAGACCCCGCUAAGAUCUCACAUCGGCUUGCUUUCUACCCGGUGUUGCUGCCAAUCGGCCAGAACUAUCAGGCGUCCCACCUCCGUGGGCGCCACGAAUCCCCAAACACUUUUAAAGUAUAGUUGGCUGGCAAAAACUUCUCUUGGAUUUCAGAUUGUCUCUGUUCGAGAAGGAGUAAAUGAAUCAUGUCAGUCUGGAGUGGAGGAGCAGGAAAAAUAUCCCAAACAAAUCAGUGCAAAAAAAAAAUAAAAUUGAAUUGCACGUUGGGCAAUUCUUCUACCCAGCCUGCGGUUUUGUUUAACACGAAUGAGCUUUGGGGUUGAUAGACAUCUCCCUUUCAAAUUAGAAGCAGCAGCAGGAGGAGAAAGAUGUACCUUCGAUGCCUGGGAGAUAAUCAUGCUUUGGGUUUUGCCGUAGCCUCUUGAUCUUGAAGGGCUGGUUUGUUGCAACGUCGGGUGAGCUGCCGCGUGGUGAUUAAAAUCGCUAAUCCCACGCUGGAUGGGAGUGAACGAACGGAAAGCCGGGUGCAGAAGCCACGUUAAUGCCAAGCGGCUAAACUGGUCAGAAUUAGGGAGCCGUUGCUGGUUUUUUGUAUCAAGUUGCCCUCGACGCCGCUGUGAGGGUCCAGGUGCGGCGCUGAAAACUUGGUGUGAUGGGAGGGAUCAGGGAAAUAGGGGCGGGGGGGAGCGUUGCUUUCACUUCAGAGCAAAGGACAGAGUUAUUGCCUCCUGCUGCAUACCCUGUGUGGCUGCCUCCGCCUCUUCUUUGAAGCCCUUUUGUUCCGCUCUCAGUCCGACGUUGUCAUUCCUUCCCGACAGGUCAGUUUUUUCUUUCCUGGUUAAUUGUGAAGUGGGCUUCAUGGAUGCCAAGGUGGCUUAACAGGGACUUUUCAACUCGCGUGCCAUCUGGCACGUAGCACAGGGGCAGCAACAGCAGCUAGACAGCCAAUCUUCGCACACAGUCCCCUUGGAAAGAAGGAAGAGAAAAUAACCAUCAAUCGUUGUUUGUCAACUUCGAAAACUUUCAGAGGUGUGGACUUUUAACUCCCAGGUCCCAGAUCUUGGGGAAUUCUGGGAAUUGAAGUCCACAUACCUGAAAGUUCUCGAGGGUUGAAGGAUGCUGCUAUAAAUUAUCCAGUGUAACAGAUGCUAUUUAACUUAUUGUCUAUGGUAGCUGCGCCUUCCCAAUUCCAACCGUCUCCAAGUCAAAAUAAAUGAAAAAAAAAAAAAAACCCAA